AUGUCUCUGCCGGUCUCCAGCUCCUCAAGUGGAACAUCCCAUUUCAAAUUUGUGAUGGGUGGUAUACAAUCGGAAGCUCGGAGCCAUGCUAUGAAGGAGCACUGGAAGCGGCGAAAUCAGCACAGGGAGGCGAAUAAGCAUAUCCGAAAGAGAUCAUCUCGAACCUUGCUUCCGCGCUCGACGAGUAGCUCUUCAGGGAUGCAACAGGAUGAGGACUCCGACGUAAUCGAGAACCAAGAAGAAAAUCACGGCAUUCCAGCUCAGCUAUUGUGCGGUACGAGUUGUGCGCUGUCGAGCUCGAGGCCUGACCCAUUCCAGACGUGUCCUGUUCACUUGACGAGCCAGCAUCAGAAACUUUUGCAUCACUGGAUUAGCACUCAUGCAGCUAUGAUGUUCGAAAAUUUGGAUGUCACCGAAUUCAAUCCGAUGAAGGAUGUUUGGUUCCCACUGGACCUUUCAAAUUCUUCUUCUUUCAAUUGCAUCAUGGCGCAUUCAGCUGCACAUUUAUCUCACCUAUACGCCGGCACUCCCCCGGGACGAGGAACGAAUUCUUCUGAUGCCUUGAAAUAUAAGAUCGAGGCUGUCCGAAUACUACGCCUUUGGUUAAGCGAUCCUGAGAAAGAGCUAAGCGAUGACUCUUUUGCUGCUGUUGUUCGUCUGCUCACGUUUGAGCGAUACUGGGGUACAGUGGAAGACUGGAAAAUCCAUCGUGAUGGCUUACAGAGAAUGAUUGACGCCAAAGGUGGUGUCCAAGCGCUCCACCAGAAUUGGCGGUUGGAACUUGUGGUUUAUCUGUAG